AUGGGCUCGUAUUCAGAACCCCAGCUGCCCGCCAACAUCGGCUUCGUGGGCCUGGGCAAUAUGGGCUUCCCCAUGUUUUCCAACCUGGUCAGCAAACUGCCUGCUACGUCAACGGUACACUUCUACGACGUGAACCCAGAGUCGAUGGAGAGGGGUUUGAAAGAGUCCGGCGCGGUGGCGAAGCUGGAUCCCUGUGGCAGCUCAAGAGAGGUGGCGGAGAAGAGUGAUAUAUUCAUGUCCAUGGUCCCCGAGGGCAAACACGUCCGGGCCGUCUACCUGGACCCGGAGAACGGAGUCCUAGCAGCCAAAGACCUGAGCGACAAGAUCCUCAUUGACAGCAGCACCAUUGACACGGCGACGUCGCUGGAAGUCGGGGCGGAGACGACGAAACAACACCCACGGACACGCUUCUUCGACGCACCCGUGUCGGGUGGCACGGCAGGGGCCAAGAAGGGCUCCAUCACCUUCAUGAUUGGAUGCGCCGAGUCAGACCCUCUCUUACCACUCCUCAAGACGCUGAUGUCCCUGAUGGGCCACAACAUCUACACGUGCGGCGGGCCCUCCUUGGGUCUGACGGCCAAGUUCGCCAACAACUACCUCAGCUCGUCUAUCACGCUGCUCAACGCCGAGAUGUUCAACUUCGCCAUCAAGUCCGGCAUGGACCCCCGGAUAUUGCAGGACAUCCUCAAGACCACCACGGGCUGCAACCGCAACGCCCAGUGGGCGAACCCGGUCCCUGGCCUGAGUCCCGACGCCCCUUCCUCCCGCGGGUACAAGCCCGGCUUCAAGAUCGAGUACGUCAAGAAGGACAUCGGCUUGGCCAUCGCCGCGUGUGAGCGGGUGGGUGCGAAGCUUUGUGUCGGUCCGACCACUUGGAACACCUAUGUCGAGGCCGGUAAGGACCCUCGCUGUGCGGGGAUGGAUUCCAAGGUCAUCUACCGAUACAUUGGCGGUGACGAGCAGUGGUUGGAGAAAUUUUCUCCUAAGGAGGAGGAGGGAGAGAAGAAGAAGGAGUGA